GCUAACACACACUUAACAUUCGUUCGCAACAUGGCGUUGAAGCGCCGAGAGACACGACGGCUCUCCCCCGACUAAUGCAAGCUUAUUGUUAGGAAAGCCAGGGGACUGUUAACCAAAGAGACCUAAACAUUCACAUAGAGUCCUUUACGCACCGGCGGAGACAAUAGCGGAUUCCAACAUAUGCAUGUCGCUGUAACGGUAUAGCUGGUUGUAUAGACGUACGCUGCUACCCCACUGGUGGAAAUCAAAGGCUGUACAUGGCGGUGGAGAGUACAAUUUGGCUGUUCUGUCUUCUUUCGCUGUUUUGUGGUCCAGCCAAGCAAGAAAAGCCUGUUUCCGUGGAGCUGAGCUGCGGGGCUGGGCCCAGCCAUGUAGUGUUGGAGCCAGGUUUGCCCCUCUUGCUGGACUGCAACCUUGGGGCCAGCGAUACACCUUUCAAUGUCACCUGGCUUCAAGAUGGCCAGCCUUUGCCUCCGGAGGGGGGCAACUUCCUGCAGUAUUUGGCCAACGCAUCCCUCCUCCUGCUGCCGACCUCUAAGGAUGGCCAGCCUGCCCACGGUGUAGAGGGGGGCUACAGCUGCAUGAGUGCCAGCGCCAUCGGAGCCCUGACCAGCCGGACUGUAAAUGUUCUCCUAGCAAGUCUGUCCAAGUUCCAUCAGGAGCCAUCACCCCAAACGGUGCCCGCUGGGGGAGCUGCCCGCUUCGAGUGCCAGAUUGAGGGAGUACCCACACCGGUUAUUACCUGGGAAAAGGACACAGUGGCUGUCCCCGAGGACACAAGGUUCAUUUCCCUUCUUAACGGGGUGCUCCAGAUUCUGGAGGUGACCAAGGAGGAUGAGGGCGCCUACCGCUGUGUCGCGUCCAACUCUGCCAGGAAGGACAUCAGUCAUGAAGCCAGGCUCACUGUCACCACAGGCUCUUCUGAAGCCCUAAACGGAGUUGCGAUUGUUGCACCACCUCAGAAUGCAACAGUCGUACUCGGCCGUCCUGCUGUGAUGGAGUGUAUGGCACAAGGCCAGCCGAAGCCACUGGUGUCCUGGAGCAGACAAGAUGGAAAGCCCAUUUCUACUGAUGUGGUCGUCCUUGCAACAAACCUGGUGAUUAGGGACACAAGGCGUCACCAUGCCGGCGUCUAUGUCUGCCGGGCCAACAAGCCCAAGACCAGAGAGUUUGUCAUUGCUGCUGCUGAGCUGCAUGUGCCUGCCCCUCCAGUUAUUCUCCAGCCCCCAGAGACAGUGUCCCUUUCCCGGGGAAACACAGCCAGGUUUGUGUGCAACAGCUCCGGGGAGCCUCCUCCAGUGUUGCACUGGCUUAAGGACGGUAAGCCCAUCAGGUCAUUCAGACGGGUGAAGACCCAAAGCCCCGGAGUCCUGCUAAUCAACCAGCUUGCCCUAGAGGAUGCGGGCUACUACCAGUGCAUAGCAGACAACGGGCUGGGCACGGCCUGUGCCACUGCCAAGCUGACGGUCAUUGUGAGAGAAGGUCUGCCCAGCCCUCCUCGCCACCUGUCUGCCACGCCCUACUCCAGCACAACUGCCCUGCUCGUCUGGGAGAAACCUGAGUACAACUCGGACCAAAUCAUCGGCUAUUCUGUGCACUACCAACGUGCUGCAGGCUCAGAUAAUAUGGAGUACCAGUUCGCAAUGAACAACGACACCACAGAGUAUCACGUGAAAGAGCUUCUCCCCCACACUGCUUACACAUUCUUUGUAGUGGCUUACUCUCCCAUGGGUGCCAGUCCCCCAUCCCCACGUGUAACAGUAGAGAUGCUGGAGGAUGUGCCAAGCGCACCUCCCCAGCUGUCUAUAGCCAGCACCUCCCCCACAGACAUCAGGCUGAUGUGGCAUCCAUUGUCCUCGCAGCACAGUCGAGGAGCUGUUACCCGCUACCGCAUUGAGUACAGCACUCUGGAUCAGUUGGACACUGUGUUCUCAGUGGAAGUAGGGGGUAAUGAGACUCAGUUCACACUGAGAGAGCUGCAGCCCAACCAGGUUUACCGAGUGAGGAUAGCAGCUGGGACGGGCGUCGGCUUUGGGGUGCCCUCUGAGUGGGCCCAGCACCAAACAUUAGCCCACUACAACCACAGCGACCACAGCAUGGUGAUCUUUGCUCCUACUGAGCUGAAGGUCAGAGCCAGGGUGAACACACUCAAUGUGACAUGGCAUCCCUCGCCCAAUCACACCCUGGUCUCUGGUUACAAGCUGUCCUGUCGAGAGGUGGAGGCUGACGAAUCAGCCAAUGGAGAGAGGACGACACAGACUCACACCAUCAGGCUCCGUAAGAAGGCCAGGUAUCAUCUCCUCACUGGGCUGGUGCCUGACCGGCAGUACGAGGUGAGAGUUUGGGCAUUCAACAAGCAGAUAGAAGGAGCAGCUGCGGUGUGGAAGGGAAGGACGGAGAAGAUCCAUGACCGAACGCCACCGCCGCCCAUGCGCCCUCCUCCGCUGCCCCCAAGCAGCAUCCAAGCCAUGGCCAACAGCUCCACCUCCAUCUGGCUGCGCUGGGAGAAACCACGGUUCAGCAACGUACGCAUCAUCAACUACACAGUGCGCUGCAGCCCAGCAGGAACCACCAACGCCUCCCUGGUCUCCUAUUACACCAGCUCUGCGCAGGAGAUACUGCUCGGGGCGUUGAGGCCCUUCACCCGCUACGAGCUGGCGGUGCAGUCUAAUGGAGUGGACGUGGUGGGACCCUUCAGCAGCACGGUGGAGGAGUCUACUCUGUCUGACCGGCCCUCCACACCUCCUGAGGAGCUGCAGCUGAGUGCUCUGGACUCCUCCUCUGUGCUGGCGAGCUGGCGCCCUCCGCUGGAGCCUAACGGUAUCAUCGUCAGCUACAGGAUCUUGUUCAGUGGCAACCUCAGCCAGCCUGAGCACUUGUGGGAGAACCUCUCUCAGGAUGGGAGCAUUACCAGUGUGGAGGUCCAGGGUUUAUCCGGGGGCACCCGUUACUUUUUUAAGCUGGGAGCAUCUACUGAGGUGGGGCCAGGGCCUUAUUCACCUGUAAAGGAUGUUCACACACCCCAUCAGAAAUAUGAGCUGGACAUCCACGCAGUGACAGGCAUCAUAGUCGGUGUGUGUCUGGGACUGAUAUGCAUCCUCCUCUGCAUGUGUUUCAGCUUUCGAAAUGGCAAAUCCAGAGAGGUGUCUGGGGGCUUGGACUCCACAGCUGUGACCCCUCAGUACAGGCGAGGAGGUUGCCCCGUUCCCUCCAACGUGCCAGAGUGCAGCGAUAGCCACGAGCUGGAGACACUGAUGCCCCCAGGCAGCCAAGAGUCUGGUCAGCAGCUAGAAGAGGCCCCAGAGGAGCAGAGCCUGAUGGCAAGUGCUAAUCCAGGGGAAGGGGAGGAUGCCCCUGCACCUGAACCCAAGGCUGCUUGGAAUGGCUCUGUGAGUCAUAACUGGGCCAACAGAAUCACUAGAUACAGAGACACCAUAACAGAAGACUCUCCAACACUCAUUAAUGGAGCUCUCAACAUGCUAAUUACUGAUAACGGCACGGACUUAGAAGAUUGUCUGUGUACAUCGGUGUGCAGUAACCAGGUGGAGGCAGAAGUCAUUGUUCACUCAGAGCUGUCAGACCCAGGACGGGUGAAAGAGGAGGAGGAGGGCAGUGACAGUGAGAAGGAUUCUAACACCACCAGGGGACCCUCAUUAUCAGAGGACAGAUAUUCCCCUCUGAGUCAGCCAAGCCCACCAGGAGAGGGGGACACUCUCGAAGAACUCUCAUUGGCCCAAAGCCCCACGAGUCUUUCCUUGAUGAAGUUGGUGGCUAAUCACAACGGGGAGCUACAGGGCACAGGAGACCAGUUGAGCGCAGACAUAGAGCCGCAGCAGGACAUGGGGCUUACCAAUGGCUUCCACUCCCCAAAGACCGUGCGUUCUGCACUGAGGUCAGAGCAUCUGGAGAACGGGGACUCCAGACACUGCCCUUCGGCACCAGGGAAGGCCAUCUCUGCUGGGCUGUCCCCUGCCCCCUUUGUCAGCUCCGGCCUUGUCCACUCUACCUCAGCAGCACACAGUUAUCUGUGCCCGUAGCCCCUGCAUGUAGGGCAUCGACCCUUACACACACAUACAGACAUCUGACUGAUUUUUGUUCUUUUACGUACCCAGGAAGAAUCCCUAAGGAUUAUUUUUAUGCACCUCAUUACUGGAUUCCUUUCUCGUCCUUGCAAAGUUUUUAUAGGUACUUUGAAUCCAUUGUUUCAUACGUGUGUGUAUAUACAGUACACAUAUACAGUAUAUUUUUAGUGGUUGAGUACUGUAUAUGGGUAUGCAUUCUCAAGCAUUACAACCAUAUUUUCCUCUGGGUUUUUUUUUCCUGUCUGUGGGAAAGAAAGAAAAGAAAGAUUUAACUUAACCAAGCAGAUGGAAGUGGAUUGAAGGAGGCUAUUCCCACUGUGUCGCACAUGGCUCUGCUCCACUCAGGAAUGAGAAAGCCUGGAAUGUUCUGUGAGUGAGCGAGACAGGCUAUCAUCAUGGAUGGGAGGAUAGGGAACACAGGCUCGAAUGAUCUCCCUGGGUUUCGUUGUGUGGAUGCUACUUUACCAUGGCACUGAGGAAUAAGCCUUAAAGAGUAUCUGCACACUCUGAGAGUGCAGAACACCUGUGUCUCUCUCCAGCCUCCUGCUGUCUCAGGGUCCACACAUACACACAUACACUCUGAAACACACACACACAGGAAGCUAAGGUACAGCUGAUUCCAUGGUAUCUCACAGAAACUCAAAUGGUCACCCAUAAACACACAUUUACACACACAUAUCCUGACUGGAGUGUGGGGGUCUCAGGUGCCUAAUUAUUGUAGGUGCGUUUAUAACCUCUGUAUAUUUCUAUAGAUGAUUCUAUUAAGUACAAGUACAAAACACAUGUCAACAUGGAGGAAAAAACCCUUAAAAUGUAAAAAGAUAUGGAUUAUACAGAUUUGGUACACAUGAAGUAUUCUUCUCCAAAAUGCCAUAUAUCCAGGUGGAGUGGUUUUGUAAAGCAGGGACACUCAGCUGAAAAGUAAAAAGUGGUUUUGCUGUAUUUCAGAUGGUGGAUAUAGCAUUUUGGAAUCAAAGUAUUUACAUGUUUAUGUUGGUAUUGGUUUAAUUAUGUUGGUGGGAGAACCAGCAAAAAUGUUACAACAACCCAUCUGUAGACCUAAUUGAUUUGGCUCCCAAUUAGGGAUGCACCAUAUUGUGCUCUUGGUUUGUGCUCUUUAAUUAAGUAUAAUAAUUUUCUUAAGUGAAAGACUUUUUUUAACUGGAGGGGAAUUCAACUUGACUCUAGAAGUCUGUCUAAUCCUGGCAGAAUGAAAAAAUAUUCCACGACACGAUACUCUGCUACAGUACCAGAAACCAACAAAAGCUGACUUGAAAUUUUUUAAUGUAUCUGAUAGGAAAUAGGUUUAAUAAGAAAAUAAAAAGAAAUGUCCUUUUUUUUUUUUACAUUGGUCCAAAACAUAUUCUUUAAGUAUUCAAUCAGAUUGUUUUCCAUAAUUGACUAAUAUGUAAAGCAGAGUGAGUCAGUAUUGGUUUUGGCAGUGUAAAGCAGAACUGGUGCAUCCCUACUCCUUAUCAACAACACUACCUCAUUUCUUUUCAGGAUGGUUUCCAGUGUGGUUUUAUUAGUUUUAUGUAACUAGCACCUUUUAAAGGUCUUUUUCUUUCUUUUUCUUUUUUUUUUUUUACAGUCUUUAGUAUUUGCAGAAAUAAUCGUCCGACACUGACUGUACGUUCUUGUGUUAUGUCAAAGGAAUUCAUGAUGCUUUAAUGCAUUGCAGCUUCCUCUCAUAUCUCUAAAAUAUUGUGUCACUCAGUACAAUAUUACUGUUAAAUCUCAACAGAAAACAUAAACACCCAGUGUCUUUGAUAUGAAGCACCUUAAACUAGGUUCAACCAAUUUCAUCCAAUUACAGUUUUGGACCCCGAUUUCCAGUCAAACGAGUGCCACCUAUGGGCAAGGAAAGUAAUAGCUCCUGUAUGUUGACAUUUAUGCCACCUGCCGGGAAUGAGUGUUACUGUUAUAUUUUUUUUGCACCAUUAACCAAUAAGAAGCCGUCAGUGCUCACCUUUGCGCCUUGUUUCCACUUAGGUAUGUGACUGGUGUCCGUAGAUCCGUAAAUAUACGGGUGAUGCCUCUAGUGUCCAACGCAAGGAAGUGCAUUUCUUUACGGAUGGAUAGAAACCUGAUAGAAACUACCUGUAGCCAUGGGGGGAGAGGCUAAUUUUGUCCGGUUUUCGCCAUCCGGUAGUUUGGAAUAUCUGCUUGGAGCAUUCCCGGGACAUGUUUUUUAGCAUGUUUUGUGAAAUGUAAUAUAAGUAAAAAGACGUAUGAACGGCUCAAUGAGUCAUAAUGACAAUCUGACUGUAUAUAAUGUAUAACCAUAUUUUAGCAGAAUGAUGUUACUCAGAUUUACAAUGCGUUAAAACUAUGAACAAGUUAUUUUUAAUCAUAAAAACUCACUUGACAAUCAACGAAGGCAACUGAAUUGAAGAAAACAGCCUGUUAGUCAGUUAGCAGCCUGUUAGCUAGCACACUGUCAUAUGGUCUCUUUGAAAUCCACUGCAAAAGUUUAAUUUUUUUAACUUACCUGAGGCAAAUUUGAGACUGAAAUAUUAUGGUGGGGAGGGGUUUCGCAGGCACAUCAGAUAUCGCAGAGAUUCCCGUAGGAAUGAAUGGACAGUUGCCUCGUCUUCAUACACAUACCUAAGUGAAACGAGGCGGUAAGGGGAUGGAGAUUUACUACCUCCUCUGUUGAAGUGAAAACGCCACAAAAUAGCAAUGGUUAGCAGAGAGUAAUGGGACAGGAGUGAAUGGUCCAAAUAUGUCAUUUAUAUAAACCGUGUGAACUUGUUCUUUUACCAACUGAGCAAAGCUACAAGGCUAGCUAACUAAGCUUGUUAGCUCAGAAAGCUUUGUUUUCCCUCAUCAUUAACUUUAUUGAGCAAAACAUUGUGCAGUGGUGAACAAAGUGCCAGGGUGAAGUAAACAGAACAGAAGAGGAGAUAUUGUGACUGACCAGUGCUGGACCAGCCAGGCAAGCUACUAUGUUAAGAGUUAGCUCGCUAUCCACAUGGAUGUAUAAAGAAAACUGGGUAUUGUGUCAGAUGUU